CUUUUAGUGACAACAAACUGACGUGUUGAGUUGUUUGGAGUUAUUGAAUUGUUUAAAAUCGGAAAAUUUGCGUAGUUUAUCAAGUUAUUUGGUGUUGAAAAGUGAGUAAAGCGCUAUUGAGUUAACUAUAGGAAAAACGGUCCAACCACACCGAAAAACGGCCGUCGUAAUAUUAGAUUGACACUAUAAUGGGUAUUCCUAUAAUUGCGAAAUCCGAUGCCCCAGCGGAACCGCUUCCAGGCAACAUAGACGCGGAGAAGUUUGAGCGAAUACGCGCCGGAUGGACUCCACUUCACGAAGCGGCCGAAAAGGGCAAUGUUGACAUCAUAACAGGACUCAUCGCCGGCGGUGCCGAUGUAAGCUCUACUAUGAAGUGUUUGGGAACACCACUCCAUAUGGCUGCUCGAAACGGUCAUAAAGAGGCAGUAAUCAUACUGAUAACGAACGGCGCUAAAGUUAAUUGCAGAACCGAGGAAGACUGGAGUCCGCUUCACUUCGCAGCUAGGAUGGGUCACUUGGAGGUGGUUCAGCAACUGAUCGAAUGCAAGGCGGAUCUGAAUGCGGAAGCGUCGCACUGUUCUACUCCCCUUUAUCUGGCGGUUAAGAACGGCCACACCGAAGUGGCCCACUGUUUGAUAGACAAUUCUGCCAAACUCGAUCGCAGUGACCGGGAAGGAUGGUCACCGCUUCAUUUAGCCACUCAAUUAGGCUGUAAAGACAUAGUGGAAAAACUGCUAGAAGCAAAGGCCAACGUGAAUUGCGCUUCAGAAAAAGGGACAACCCCUCUCCACAUCGCAGCUGAAAAUGGACACGAAGAAAUAUUCAGAAAGUUAAUCGCUUUGGGUGGAAACGUAAGUCUCGCUGAUGAAUCCAAACGUAUGCCGUUGUAUUUUGCCGUAAAAUCCAAUCACUUAGCCAUGGCGAAAGAGUUGAUUGCUGAAGGGGCUAAUGCGAGUUAUUGUACAACAGAAGGAUUAGCUCCAAUUCACGUCGCUAUCGAAAAUGAUAACAUUGAAAUGGUGGAGCUCUUGAUUAGAAAAAGGGCGUAUAUAAAUCAAAAGACAUACAACAUUGGCUGGACUCCGUUACAUUUUGCUGCUAAAUUUGGAAACCUGAAUAUCGUUAAAGAGCUUGUUACCAACAACGCACGCGUUGAUUUAACCGGUAAAACCGAUGUUCGAACACCUUGUCAGGUUGCCAUCGCGCACAGGAAUACAGAAGUUGUUCAAUAUUUGAUUGCAAAGGGGGCGAAUGUCAAUGACUCAUUGCGUUACGCUGUCUCAACAGGAAACCUGGAUAUUGUGAAGUGGUUAGUAGGAAACGAUGCGAACGUCAAUCAUAUUCGGAGCAACGGAUGUACUCUGCUUCAUUUGGCGGUCCAGAUUAAACAUUUAGAUAUGGUUAAGUUCCUGAUUCUUCAUAAGGUUAAUGUGAAUGCAAUCACAGAGGAUGAAGAUACGCCACUUCAUUUUGCAGCCAAAGCGGGUAACGUGGAAGUAAUUAAAUGUUUGAUCGAUAACGGAGCGAAAGUAAAUUGUAAGAAUAGUCACAUCUGGACUCCGAUUCACUUCGCUGCAGCAGAAGGUCAUAUAGAUGCCUUCAAGGAGUUAGCUUCCAACGGUGUCAAUGUGAGGUUACGCGCUGCUAAACGGAAGACUUCUCUCCAUCUAGCAGUCGAAAAUUGUCACACUGAAACGGUCGAAUACUUGAUAACGCUAACAGAUCAAGUCGACCCGGAGGAUAUCGACGGAUGGACUCCGCUUCACAUGGCGGCAAGUAAUGGACACAUGGUCAUAUUGAAUAAACUGAUAGCAAGUGGUGCGAAUAUCCACUCGACGACAAAGAAUGGUGUGACGAUUCUCCACCUGGCCGCUAAAAAUGGCCAUUUAGAGGUUCUUAAGUAUCUCAUGGAAGAAUUAACACUGACAAGUAUUGCUGAUAGCGAUGGAUGCACUCCUCUUCACUUAGCUGCGGAACACGGUCAUAUCAAUGUAGCGAAGUACCUGUUUGGCAAGCUUGUGGAUUUGGAUGCGACAACGAAAGAUGGAUAUACUGCUUUGCAUUUUGCAGCGAAAAACGGACACGCGGAACUUGUCGAAAGUCUCAUCGCAAAGUCCGUCAAUACUGAAUAUAAAAACCACAAUGGAUACACUCCACUGCAUUUUGCAGCGGAAAAGAACCAUCGAUUGGUUGUGAAGGAAUUGAUUGCAGGAGAUGCGGACAUCGAUUCGGUUACAACUGAAGGCUUAACGCCACUCCAUUUGGCAGUCAUGAAAAGUAAUCACAAUGUUGUCAAGUGCUUGCUUACAGCUGGGGCCGAUUUCCGUAUCGCUUGUAGCAAACAUAAUUAUACUCCGUUGUAUUACGCAGUCGCGUCCGGAUACAAUUACAUUGCAGAAGAACUAAUUGCCCUCGAUAAAGAGUUGGAUUGCGACGAUAUUCUUCGGUUUGCCUCAAAGUGGUCGACUCACGACCAUCGAUCCAUCGAGUCUUUGAAAUAUUUGCUAAAGAAAUCUAAAAUUUUGGAUCAUUGUGCGGUACAAGUAUUAGAUAAAUCCCAGUUCAUGAUCAAAAUGGGUGUUCCAGUUCCUGAGACAUCAUCCAACCCAAUCCAGUCGCCGGUAGACACACUUCCGGACAAUAUUGAUGCUUACAAGUUCGAGUAUGUGAGCGACGGAUGGACACCACUUCAUGUGGCAGCAAGAAAAGGACAAAUCGACACAAUAAACCAACUCAUCUCCGACGGUACUGCCGUGGAUUCGCUAACGAAUAAGCGCGAAACGGCUCUCCAUAUCGCGGCUCAUAGCGGCCAAAAAGGGGCAGUUGCGGCACUAUUGGCAAAUAGGGCCAAAGUAGAUAGCCUUAACGAAAAGAUCUGCACUCCACUUCAUGUUGCCGCUGAAAAUGGUCACCUCGAGGUUGUAAAACAUUUGAUCGACUGCAAUGCGGAUAUGAAUUUGAAAGCGUUUAACGGACUUUCUCUUGUUCAUGCGGCAGCUCAAAACGGUCACACGGUAGUAGUCGAAUAUUUGAUCGCUCUUUCAGUCAUGUUCGAUUGCGCUGAUAACGAAGGAAGAACUCCGCUUCAUUUGGCCGCUGAAUGCGGACACACCGACACAGUGAAUAGGUUGCUUAACAAGGGUGCCGAUGUGAAUUCCGUCACCAAGAAUGGAACCACGCCACUUCAUAUCGCAGCCGAACAUGGUCACACAGAACUGGUUGAUAAACUAAUAUCGUAUCGAGCAAAAAUUGAUUUCGGAGAUACUGAAGGGCGCACUCCACUGUAUUCCGCUGUGAAAGGUAUCCACGAAGGUGCCGUGAAAACUUUGCUUGUCAAUUGAGCCUGUGCGGUUUAUGUGACGAAUGAAGGAUUGGCUCCCGUUCACGUUGCACUUGAAAAUGGUCGCAUCGAGAUUGUGAGGCACCUUUUGGCUAAAUCUUCGAGUAUUGUUGACAGAAAAACAUCAGACGGACGGACUCCGUUACAUUUUGCUGUUAGAUCCGGAAAUAUCGACAUUGUUAAGACACUCAUAGCAAAGCAUCCAGAAGUCAAGGCAAAUAUCAACUGCCAAAAUCGUGACGGCGAGACCCCACUUCAUUUCGCUGUACAAAAGAAUCUUCGGGAGGUGGUUGAGCUAUUGAUACGUUAUAAAGCUGAUGUUAACACAUAUAACAGUGCAAUAGAAACACCACUUCAUAUUGCAGCGACGAAUGGAAGUGUGGAUAUAAUAAAGCUUUUAGUAACAAAUGGGGCUUGGGUCAAUUGCAAAAAUACGCUUGUCUGGACCCCGGCCUAUUCUGCAGCAGCACGUGGGCACCUGGCCGCUCUCAAGGAACUGGUAGCCAGCGGUGCAAAUGUAAAGUUUUGUGCGGCCAAGCGAAAGACUCUACUGCACGUGGCGAUCGAAAAUGAUCACUACUCAAUUGUUGAAUACUUGAUAACAGUCUCCGAUAUCGUCAACUGUGAGGAUAUUGAUGGAUGGACUCCGCUUCAUUGGGUCGUGAAGAAAGGUGAAAUGAAUAUUAUACAGAAGUUAGUUGAAAAACAAGCGAACUUGAGUGCAAUAACCAGAGAUGGUGAUACUCCCCUCCACAUUGCAGCUAGAUUCGGAAAAUUAGAAGUUGUUGAAUAUCUGAUCGCGUGCUCUGCGCUCGUCAAUGUUAAAAAUAAUGAUGGUUAUACUCCACUACACAUUGCCGUUAAAAAAAAUUUUUUACACAUUGUUUUAGAAUUUAUAGCCAGUUAUGCUGAUUUGAAUGCCCAAACGAGCGCCGGAAAAACGCCUCUGCACAUUGCUGUUCAAAAGGUUUAUACAGAUCUUGCAAAGUGCUUGAUUUCUGCCGGAGCGAAUGUUGAACUACAAGAUAAAAAGGGAUAUAGGCCAACGUUUUACGCUAACCUUAACGGAAAUAAUGCUCUUGUUGCGGCACUAGCUGUUACAGGGUAACUUCGAUACAACGUACAUUUUGCUUUCAAAAUUGUACCUUGUAUCGAAUUGUACGUUAUAUCGAAGCAUAAUAAAGAACUCAGAAACGUAGAUUAUAUUACAUUAUUGUGUUGCUGUUAGAGUAAGGUUAAUGAAUAAAUUCAACUAGAAGACGAAACCAAUCUUUCUAAAGAUGUUUCCCUUCGUACUGAUGAUUAAAAUCUGAUUCAUUUAGAAUCCGCAAUCACAAAACAGUUGUACUUCGGGAUUGGUUAAAAGUACAAAUCAAGCUUUAGUACCAAAAUACAGAUCAUUUAUUGUUCUUCCAAAAAAACAAUAUUCAAAAAAUUAUUCCUUUGGACUUUGAAAAUGUGUACGUUAUAUCGAGGUAAAAUGUACGCUAUAUCGAAGUUUCCCUGUAAUAAUGCGGCUUGAAACUGACCUUACACGAUGUAGACAGCCUUCACCAUAUUAUUAACCCUUAACAUACCAACACCUGAACCGCAUUUUUGGGACAGUUUCGAAAUAUAUUAUAUGAAUUAUAGCAUAUAUUUUUUAUAUGACAACAAACCAUUGAAAUACAUU